UCUUGCCUAUUCCCGUACAGGAAUAGAAUCAUUUUAAAGUUGAGUUCACAUGAAGAAGAUGGAGCUGCCUAACAAGCAGAUAAUAUUGAAAAAUUACGUACAAGGUUGGCCGAAGGAGAGCGAUUUUGAACUGAAAAUGGGAGUGGCCAGUACAGAAAUUCCAGAGGGAUCAAGGGGAGUGUUUGUCAAAAAUAUUUACUUGGCCUGCGACCCUUAUAUGUGUCAUCUCAUGCGUUCCCAAAGAAAAUCUCUUUUCAUACUAAAUUCUAUCGUCCCUGGAACUGUGAUCAAGGGAUGUGGAGUGGCAAAGGUGAUCAAGUCCGCAUAUCCGGAGCUGAAAGAGGGAGAUUACGUUUGGGGAAUAAUCGGAUGGGAGGAAUUCAGCCUGGUUCUUAAUCCUGAAAUGAUAUUAAACAAAAUACAAAACAAAGAUGUCCCUCUAUCAUAUUAUGCAGGCAUUUUAGCUUGCUGCGUAUGCGGGCUUCCACGAGAUAUGUCGCCCCAAGCAAGGAGAAGUUGUUUAUGUUUCUUCUGCAGCAGGUGGAGUUGGUCAUCUGGUGGGACAAUUCGCUAAAAUCAUGGGUUGCUAUGUUGUUGGAAGUGCUAGCACCCAACAAAAGGUUAAUCUGCUAAAGACAAAACUUGGUUUUGAUGACGCUUUCAAUUAUAAAGAAGGGCAUGAUUUGGGCGCCCAAUUAAGAAAGCACUUUCCGAAGGGCAUCGACAUUUACUUUGACAAUGUUGGCGGGGAAAUGCUGGACGAGGUGCUGCUUCACAUGAACAUCCAUGGAAGAGUUGCACUCUCCGGGAUGAUUUCUCAAUACAAUUUGAGUAAACCACAAGGGAUUCACAAUCUCUUUAGCCUAAUAGAAAACCGCCUGACAAUGAGAGGUUUUGUCGAACGAGAUUAUGUGCACAUGCAUCCUCAGUACGGUGAAUGGGCAGCUCAGAAAUUGCAGGAGAAGAAGCUGAUCUACCUCCAAGAUAUGGCUAUUGGUUUAGAGAAUGCAGCUUCUGCUUUUGUUGGGAUUUAUCAUGGCCGCAAUAUAGGGAAACAGAUUAUUCGAGUAGCUGUCGACGACUGAUCAUUUCGUCUUUCUAGCACCCAAAAAUACAAUAAAUAAAUAUGUAGUAGAUGGGGAAAAUUUACAACCUGAAUUAGUAUCUACACGAGUUAUGAAUUAUUAAAUAAUAUAUAAUUAUGAUAUUAAGUGUGAUCUAAUGACUGAUAAAUUAUAUG